UUUAGAUUUCUGUUUUUUUUUAGUUUCAGUUGUUAAAAGUAUAUAAAAUAUUAUUAAAAGCCAGAUUGUUACUCAGUGUAUAAAUAAUUUAAUGUAGUAUUACAGUAUGGGUAGAAAAAUUCCAGCUAAGAAACAUCGUGGCGUCAAAGAUCCCCUGGAGCAAAAUGCGCGACGUUUGCAAGCAUUAAAGACGAAAAUAAACGCGCCGCCGAAGGACCCCGACGAGCAGCCAGUGCCGCGGUCGCUCAUCGACCUGUUCGCCUUCCGUGAUAAACACAACACACGAAUUAACAACAAAAAGAAACAGAAGCCUCGAGCCAGCGGUAAAGAUGAUGGAAAUAAAAAAAUAAUGGCCAAAAACCCAAUUUCCCAGCUGCGCAAGCUGCCGGGCGAGUCGGGCCGUGACUUCAGUCUCCGCAUCAAUGGAGCCAUCAGAGCCCUGCAUGACGCUACACAGCCACAACACUAUCCUCAAGAUUUGGAGGAGGAUGAUAUAAAGGGUGAACGGAUGGCGGAGCAUCGAGACCGCCGCGAGAGGAAACGCAAGCGAGCACUCGCCGCCCGCCCGCCGCCCGGACCCGACUCUCCGCCGCCGCUGUCCAGGGCGCAGCGGUUCGCGCUCAAGAAGAAAGAAAAGAAGUUGCGAGCGUUAAAUGCGGCUCACGAGGACUCGCCGGUGUACGAGAGCGUGCCAUUCGGGGAAUGUUGUCAGGCGCCACCCACACUCACCGCCGCCAGGCGAGCCGCGCCCAGGCCUGGUCGCCGGGACCUGCUGCUGAAUGAGCUGCUGCCGGCCAACCCGGCGGCAACCGGUCCUCAGCAGCGGCAGCGCCACGUGCCGCCCGCAGACCGCAUGCGGCGCGAGCGAGCCCGGCUCGACGCAGUCGCUGCAUACCGCGCCAUCAAACUCAACACUAAAACGAAUAAAUAAA